AUGUCCUCAGCAUGGCGAGAAAUCGUAGGUCUGACCGAGUCGAACGAUGAAGACAAUACUUCUACACAACAAACAUACUCUACGCCAUUGACAAACGGAAUGUUUGAAGAAAAUGAUCCCUCCCCACCUCGAGAGAACAGGUGGGUGGCUGUCAACUCCCCUGGGUACCUGGCACGCAACAGGAGCAAGUCAAACUGCUAUAACGAGGAAUCAGGAACACCAACACCCCGUGGUCUACGCAGGCCACGUAGUUCUCGCACUCUCUCGUCUGUAACCUCAGGACCAAGAUCUGAGAGAGGAACCAGGAAACGAGUCAGCAGGAAGCCAAAGAAGCAUAUCCAGUUCAGACAUUAUCAUCAACGCUCAGGCACAUUUGCUGCUAUGGCAGAUGAGAUGGAGUCAGGAGAGAUUUCUGUUGGCGGUGGUGCCACCACUCUACCGAUAAAUGACACCACGAAUCAGCUCCUUGUCACAUUGAAGUACAGGAGGUCUCAAGUGUCAGCAACAGAGGGACAUGACACAGGCUCUCCUAUCAACCAGACCCAACGCACACAAGACAGUGACAUUAUGCGCAUAACCUCUAUUCUGAAUGAUACGACACAAUCUACCUCCCCACCACCUCUCAUGUCGAAUACAACCAUCACAGCAUCGAGUUACGGUGGAUCUGCAUUCUCACGACAAACUACAUCCUCACCAUCCCUUUUUAACGAUCAGAUGGGGUAUGGCAGUAAUGAAAGCUACAACAAGUUUGCUGAGACCAGUAUGCGAGAUGGGUACAUGUUCAUGUUCACACGACCUGAACACCAGCGAUAUGAAGAUGCUCUGGUUAAGAUUGUGGGGGAUAUGGAGUUGCCGUUUGAUUGUGGCAGUGGUAGUUCUGGGAAUGAAUGAUUUGCUGAAUUCAGGUUGUGGACUUUUUGCUUGGGGGUCUACACUAGGAGUUGUGGUUAGGGAAGGUUUUCAGUAUCAUCUUCAUGUUGUCAGCACUAGGCUAAUCUCGAAUAAUGCCAUUGGAAUGAUAGUGAUUAUGAUGAUGAGAAAAUCUAUCAAACCAAUAAAUAGCAGAUCCCAAAAAUCAUAAAUCAACCACUUCCCUAACCUGCAACGGCCCCUUCGCUAACGGGUCACUUUUACAUUCUGGCACACCAGUAGGAGGAUCAAUAAUCGUCUCUGGCUCUCUACCAGCGACUCUUUCAGCCUUUAUAAGAACCGGAAUAACUCCACCAGUCUGCAAGGGAAAGUGUCUGUGUCCGAUGACCUGUAGAACCGCCGUUAUGGCGCCUGAAUGCGCGGUUACAGAAAUAAAGUGUUUGUCAUUGUUGCUAUUAGCGGUGAAUAUAUCAUCAAGGAAACCCUUGAUGCGUGCGUUACGCAUAGAGUCUGAUUCGCGGUGUUUAGGCUUCCAUAAGACGUCUUCUUCAGUAAAGCCCUCUUCGAUAAUGUAGUCUGGGUAUUCUCUUUGAAUAUCUGAUUUGCUCGAGCGACGGUCGCAGGUGUGUAUU